AUGGGAAAAAGGAAAAGGAAAAGAAAGUCAACCAAUCAAUCCGACAAAUACGACCACAACUCAGGGAAUACUAGUGGUGACGACACUAGCGAACUUAUAUUAAGUUCUAUAUUAGAAGAAACCCACAAAGUCCUGUACGAUGAAGCAAAUACAGCCGGAGAGUCAGGCACUCGUCUGAAACAAUCGAACAGUAUUUCGCCCGCCCGAGAAAUUGUCCCAGAGUCCCACUCCAGAAACUGCUCCUGUAGCAGACUUUUUCACGAAAUCAACAUGAAAAUGGACUACAUGUUAGAGGAAGUAAUUAAAACGCAAAAUGAAAAAAUAAAAAAACUUGAAGAGACUACAAUAAAACUUCAAAACGAGCUUGCCGAGAAGGAUAGAGCAAUAACUACCCUACAGAACAACGUAGCUUUUUGCAUGAAAACCAACAACACUGGGGUAAAAAACAAUGACAACACUGUCAUCAUUGCUAACUUAUACGAGAAUUCUGAAGAGAAUCUGGAGGACAAAGUGGGUCAGAUCUUACUUGAUAUAAUGAGCGAUGGCGAACGCGAGGAUUCGUUCGAAAUUCCAAAUGUUCAGGAAUGUAUACGGCUUAAGGGUCGGAGUGGAAAGCCUGGGCUUGUGAAAGUGGCUUUUGGCUCCCUGGACGAAAAGGUACAUUUUGGUAUUGUUGUUUGUAUUCCGACCCGUAUGUAUAUCAGAGGCGGUCUCGCCUUAAUAGGCUACAACAGAAACAAUGCAGGCACCUACGAAUGGACCGAUGGAACUGCAGAUGAUUUUAAUGUAUGGGAAACAGAACAGCCAAAACUAGGAAUGGAUUGUGCCGUGCAACGCUUCGAUACAUUUGAGUGGAAGUCCGCUCCGUGUGAACUCCCAUUUCGAUUCUUCUGCAGAGCUUUAUGGAUAGCUCCUGCGGGUCCACCAGGGACGAACGGACCACCGGGAACCAGUGGACCCCCGGGAACUGGGGGUGGUCCAGGGACUGGGGGUCCACCUAGCACUUCUGGUCCACCAGGCUCAGGCGGGCCUCCUAGCACAGAAGGUCCUCCUGGAACAAAUGGUCCACCAGGAACAGGCGGUCCUCCUGCAUCCAGUGGUCCUCCGGGAUCUGGUGGCCCUCCAGCAACAGUUGGACUACCAGGAACCAUGGGACCACCAGGAAGUAGUGGGCCACCAGGAACUGGAGCACCACCUGGGACCAGUGGGCCACUAGGAAACAAUGGACCCCCCGGAACUGAAGGACCACCAGGGACAGGAGGUCCACCAGGAUCGAAUGGACCUCCAGGAACUGAAGGGCCUUCAGGUACAGGAGGGCCUCCUGGCACGCAAGGAUCAUCAGGAACGGGAGGACCCCCAGGGACAGCGGGGCCACCUGGGUCAGAGGGGCAACCAGGUACAUCAGGACCUGUUGGCCGCGAUGGCCCCCCAGGCACUAGUGGUCCUAACGGUGAAGCAGGGCCAAUAGGAACUGAUGGGCCACCCGGACUAAAGGGUGGUACUGGAACUACUGGACCACAGGGAACUGGAGGUCCACCUGGAACCCGCGGACCUCAUGGCACAAAUGGUCCACCCGGAAGUAGUGGCCCUCCAGGGACAGGUGGACCAAAAGGCAUCAGUGGGCCACCAGGAACAUUUGGUCCCCAAGGAGCAGCAGGACCACCAGGCACAGGUGGACUCCCAGGACUAAUUGGACCCAUGGGGACUGUUGGUGCUGCUGGAACAGCUGGUCCACCAGGGUUAAUAGGGCCUCCUGGACCAACCGGGACGGGAGGACCACCAGGUACAGCGGGACCAAAAGGACUUCCGGGAAACCAAGGGCCACCAGGUGACUCAGUGAAGAGCAUAAAGGGUAUGAAGGGCAUGGCAGGGNAAAAUGUGUUGCUGACCCUGAGAUUUCUUGGAUUCCUCGGGGAUCAAGGCGGUCUCGCCUUAAUAGGCUACAACAGAAACAAUGCAGGCACCUACGAAUGGACCGAUGGAACUGCAGAUGAUUUUAAUGUAUGGGAAACAGAACAGCCAAAACUAGGAAUGGAUUGUGCCGUGCAACGUUUCGAUACAUUUGAGUGGAAGUCCGCUCCGUGUGAACUCCCAUUUCGAUUCUUCUGCAGAGCUUUAUGGAUAGCUCCUGCGGGUCCACCAGGGACGAACGGACCACCGGGAACCAGUGGACCCCCGGGAACUGGGGGUGGUCCAGGGACUGGGGGUCCACCUAGCACUUCUGGUCCACCAGGCUCAGGCGGGCCUCCUAGCACAGAAGGUCCUCCUGGAACAAAUGGUCCACCAGGAACAGGCGGUCCUCCUGCAUCCAGUGGUCCUCCGGGAUCUGGUGGCCCUCCAGCAACAGUUGGACUACCAGGAACCAUGGGACCACCGGGAAGUAGUGGGCCACCAGGAACUGGAGCACCACCUGGGACCAGUGGGCCACUAGGAAACAAUGGACCCCCCGGAACUGAAGGACCACCAGGGACAGGAGGUCCACCAGGAUCGAAUGGACCUCCAGGAACUGAAGGGCCUUCAGGUACAGGAGGGCCUCCUGGCACGCAAGGAUCAUCAGAAACGGGAGGACCCCCAGGGACAGCGGGGCCACCUGGGUCAGAGGGGCAACCAGGUACAUCAGGUCCUGUUGGCCGCGAUGGCCCCCCAGGCACUAGUGGUCCUAACGGUGAAGCAGGACCAAUAGGAACUGAUGGGCCACCCGGACUAAAGGGUGUUACUGGAACUACUGGACCACAGGGAACUGGAGGUCCACCUGGAACCCGCGGACCUCAUGGCACAAAUGGUCCACCCGGAAGUAGUGGCCCUCCAGGAACAGGUGGACCAAAAGGCAUCAGUGGGCCACCAGGAACAUUUGGUCCCCAAGGAGCAGCAGGAGCCCCAGGCACAGGAGGACCCCCAGGACUAAUUGGACCCAUGGGGACUGUUGGUGCUGCUGGAACAGCUGGUCCACCAGGGUUAAUAGGGCCUCCUGGACCAACCGGAACGGGAGGACCACCAGGAACAGCGGGACCAAAAGGACUUCCGGGAAACCAAGGGCCACCAGGUGACUCAGUGAAGAGCAUAAAGGGUAUGAAGGGCAUGGCAGGGGCUCCAGGUCAGCAAGGACUUCCAGGGUCUGUUGGACAUCCGGGAGAGAAGGGAAUGCAGGGGGCUAAAGGCUUAUCGUUCUUUGGAAUGAAAGGAGAAAAGGGAAUGUCUGACAGAUUUUUUGUGGUACUGCGUGGACGGACAUUAUCUCCAACUACAAGACGGUUUGCACGAACAUUACCUCCAACUUCAACGCGCUUUGAAAGUCCUACUACUCCACUGGCUUCACCAGUUAUGACGACCAGUGCAUCCCUGUUCCUUAGAGGUGACAAGCAGAAUGGUACCCCAAGACGUGACAACAGCAAAGAAGACUUCGACAUUCUGCAACAAUUGAAGGACGCUGUGGUACAUGAAAUUGUACUAGGAGUAAUCAUAGGAACGGUUUUCCUAGGGACCAUCUACCUCUAUGUAGCCUAUUUUAAGCAAGUGGCGUAUGAAAAACGUGAAAUUGAAAAAAUAAGAAGGAAAUUGGAUGGGAUGAAGCCUUAA